AUGGCGGACGCGACGGAGAGCCACGGGAACCUCUUUCCAAUCUUCCUUUUUGCUCUCAUACAAUUUUUCCUCGUUCCGAUCACGAUGUGGCGCGUCGGUGGGUGGCUGCUGAAGCGCUUCACUGUAAACGGCGACACCAAGCCCAAGAGAGCCACGAGCGCAGCGGCUGCACCGUUUGACGCAUCUUCUAAGUGGGGCGAAGCCCAAGCUGCGCGACAUGCGCGUGCCACGCCAACGAUGCGUGGUAAACUGCGUGCACUUCUCAGCGGCUUCAAUCUUGUCCUUGUACUCGGCUGGUUUGUCUCCGUCCUACUCGUAGUGCACGUCAAGAACUCUCGGGAAUCCGAAACCAAGAUCUUUGAUCCCUAUUCUAUCCUAAACAUAUCUAUGGGCUCGGAUAUAUCCGUCAUUAAGAAGGCUUAUCGAAAGCUAUCACUCCAGUAUCACCCUGAUAAAAACCCAGAUCCUGAAGCGCACCUUUUCUUCACGGACUCUAUCACUCCCGCCUAUAAGGCGUUGACAGAUGAUACUGCUCGUGAAAACUUCGAAAAACAUGGCCAUCCGGAUGGAAAACAGCCCGUUAGACUUGGUGUCGCGCUCCCUCAAUGGAUGUUUGGUCAAGACGGCUCGGGUCCACUUAUUCUCUGCCUCCUUGUUGGCGUUGGUAUACUCCUCCCACUUGGUUUUGCUGUUAUUGCCGUCGUGAACUUGAACAGGUAUGUCGGAGGCAGUGGUGGAGUGCUAAAGCAGAGCAUCCGGCAUUUUUCCAGCGAGCUCAAGCCCAAUCUGUCGACUGCAAAGGUUCCCAAGCUUCUCUCCGUCGCGGCAGAGUACAUCCAAAUUCCUUACAGGCGGGAGCACGAGGAGCCUGUGCGGCGGUUACUUGCAGUGCUGCGCAAUGAAUAUGAUGCCAAGGAUCCUAAGUUUCAGAGGCGACAUCCGGCAGUUGUUAAGGCGCACAUGUUAAUGCUGGCACAAGCCUGUAGACUGACAGAUGCUAUAGAUGCGUCGCUUGAGGCUGACCUUAAGUUGGUUAUGGCUGCAAUGCCAAAGCUGUGGGACGAGGCCCUGAAGCUGGCGUUUACACCAUAUAACCAACUUGGAUACAGCUAUCUACGCCCAGUGUUAAGCUUUCUUGAAUUUGCGCAGUGUAUCACGCAAGCUGUUUCACCUUCCAUCCGUAGGGGAGAAAACUCCGAAGGUCUUGCAUCUUUGCUUCAGCUGCCACACACGGAUGAGAGGGCUGCAACACUGCUGACACGCAUGAAAUGUCGAUCGCUUCGUGACCUUCUGGCAACGCCCAGAGGGAGAAAUGAAAGGAACGAACUUUUCGCCAAAGCAGGUCUCACCCCUUGUCAAAUAGCUGAUGCAGAUGCUUUUCUAAGAUUUGCCCCAAGGGUUGACUUGCUGCGUGCAACUUUUGAGACGCAGGGAGAGGAGGAAAUAUGCAGCAUGGAUAUCGUAACAUGCACUGUAAACCUCAAGAUAGGUCGCGGUGUCUGCACAGAUGAACCCAAUAGCAUUAUCGUUGCGACCAAAGACGACCUGCCCCCGCUUCCAUUUUGCCAGCACUUUGAACGAAGCGAAGGCUGGUGGCUUCUGGUAGCAGACCCGGCAGCGAACGCAGUGCUAUCUCACCAGAGGCUAGAUACCGUAGUACUUCAUGAAGCUCAUUCCAACUCCAGUGGAGCAACGCUUCAGGUCCAAUUUCCCGUGCUUAACCCCGGUUCUUACUCACUAGCGGUGACCCUGCUGUCUGAUUAUUGGAUUGGCGCCGAUGCGAGAUUCAACAUUAAGCUAAAGGUUUUGAGGCGCACUCAAGAAAUUUUGGAAGCACGCAAAGGCAGGGCCGCUGAAGUGGGAAUCGGGAAAACUAUCACCCGAACAGGAACUUCUGAGCUUGAUGACAAAAGCGCGUGGAAAAAGAUUCCUGCACCCCAGCUAUCUGAUUCUGAAGAUGAUAUUGCCGCGGUUGCAUACGGUGGGGACUAUCCUUCCGAAGAGACGGGUACAGAGGAGUCGUCGGAAGAUGAGGGCGAAUUCUUCGGGCGCAACUCUGCAAUUAUCGAGACAAGGAAGACAGCAAGAUUGCAGCGCACCCCUGAAGGCGUGUCCAAAACUGUGACAAGGCCUGUUGAUACACCCGUGGAACUGCGCCGGUCUAUUGCGACAACAUCUACUCAAAAGAACGAUGUGAGACUGCCAGGGCCAAGAAAAACGUCCUCCCCAGCGCAAACAUCAUCUACUUGAGCACUGCAAUUUAAAUUCCCCAUAUUCAAAAUAGAUCGUAAACAAAUCUAAUAAAGAAACGCAAGUUACGUCUUCA